AUGAAGUGUGUAACAGCCCCCGUCCUGUCCCUGAUCUGUACUGCCGUUCUACUGGGGAAUUCUAGAGCCACCUCUGAUCAUGCGGCAGAGCUGACGACUGCUCUGUUAGAGUUCAUUGUGAAGACAGGAGGCAGAGAGAACAAAAUCAUCCAGACCGUCUGUCCCAGUCUGUCUGAUGUUCAUGUCAACAGAACGGCUCUCAACCACGGCUUUCACAGAGACGUGGUAACCGAGGUGACGCUGCCUGUUUCCAUGGCAACCCCACCCCUGUCGUGCCGGCUGCUGCUGGUGGAGACGGUUCCCGCCGGGAUGUACGUCGACCUUCACCAGGUCACCUUCAGGACAGACUUCGGAGGACCUCAGGUUCUGGCCCUGAGGGACAUUGAUGUUGAACAGGCAGCUCACCUCUCUCCUCACCACACACUACUCAUGUACUCACCUCUGCAGCAGAGCCCAAAGGGUUUCACCUGGAGAGUGGUGUUACCUGUACACCUGCGGUACCACAGGUGGGCUGGGGAGGGGGAGGACACAGCCACUACUGUCAGGUUAGAGGGACCAGAUCUUCUCAUGCACUGUGAAGGAGACCGGCCGGUGACCACCCCCUGUGAGGAGAGUAAACUGUUCCCUGCACCGUGUGAUGCUCAGUCACAGAGAGUCUGUCUGUGGCAGCUGAUCAGUGGAGAGACUGAGCCCCUGUUGUUCCAAGUCCCCAUAGGUCAGCAGAGCCAUGCAGGGUUAGUCAUCACAGGCACCACGGCAGCAGCAGCUCUGGGGUCUUGGUUAAUUCUAUCUGCUGCUAGAAGAGCCAGUAAGGUUGUAUCAAGGGGGAAAGGGGCCAAGGACAAGAAAGAAUAAAUUCCCACUGUCUUAAGUUGUUACAGGUGGUCUCAGUGUCAAAUACUGACACAGCCGAUGCCCUAAAAAACGUUAAAAGUAUACUUUCCACUUAAAAGGGUUUGCUCAUUUGAAGAAAUGUUCUUGUUAUGCAUAACUGUGUAAAAAUAUAUUAAUUUUCAAUAUCAUAGUUUGGAGAUUUGUAAAUACAUUAAAUUCAUUUAAUUUUUCCCAUUGUGACUUUCUCUAAAGUUGUGAAAAGAUUGUUCUUGUAAAUAUGGUUGUAUACGUACAUGUUUUGUUACCCGGAAAAAUUUAUAUCAGGGUUGCCUUUUGGUUACCGGUUACAUUCACACACUGACAAAAGUUUUGUAAACUUCAAUGUUUUUAUUUUAAAAAAUCUGAAUAUACAUUAAAAUCAUACUAUCUAUUGUCAACAGUAUAGAAAUAUACAAAAACAUACAAAAGUAUACAUUACAUUGAUAUAUACAGCAGUGUUAUCAAGUUGCUUUUAUAAUUAUGUCUGGUCUAGUCAUGUUUCUAGCAGCAACAAGGUACAUACUAAACAUAAAUUAUGAAUAAAUCUGAAUGGCACCAUGUUUGGACGGACUUCAUCAAAGUUCAUAAUAUCAGCUAAAUAUCAACUUUAAACAUUAUUCUUCCUUAAAA